AUGCAACCGUUUGCAGUGGGUAACACAAUGGCGACCGAGACACCAAGUUUGUCACCUGAGAGAGUAACUUCUCCAACACCUUGCCGAAAUCUUACAUUUUCCAUUGCAAAAAUUAUGGAACCGGACAAACGACUGACCGAGCAAAGCUCUAAUUCGGUGCCUCCACCAUCAGCAAUGCCAGCAACAACGGCGACAACAAUUCUUCAGCUGCCAAACAUUUCUUCUCCUUCGUACUCGGCGCAUUUGAAGUCAGCAUUCGAGAAAUAUGUACCGACCUUAAGGCAUCAAGAUCUGCUCCAGCAUUAUCCCGUAUUAUCUAAAUAUUAUCCAUUGUAUUAUCCAAAUCCUUUGCUGAGAGCGUUCCCAGGUCCUCCCGCUUCAACUCCAUCGAUCACUCAAAAUUCGCCACCUCCCACGACUAUUCAAGAAGCUUCUUCGAGAUUGAAUUUGACCAGCGUAUCACCAGAAAACCAGCGGGGCAAAAAGAGCCCAGCGCCGCGCAAUGACCUCAGUACUGGAAAUAAGCAAAAGACUUUUACUUGUCCGGAAUGCGGCAAAGUGUUCAAUGCACAUUAUAAUUUAACUAGACACAUGCCAGUGCAUACGGGCGCCCGACCAUUUGUCUGCAAGAUUUGUGGUAAAGGUUUCCGUCAAGCCAGCACUCUUUGCCGACACAAGAUCAUCCACACUGCUGAAAAGCCGCACAAGUGCAUUACUUGUGGCAAAGCCUUCAAUCGUAGUUCUACUCUCAAUACUCAUACACGUAUACAUGCCAAUUUCAAGCCGUUUGUCUGCGAGUUUUGCGGCAAGGGAUUUCAUCAGAAGGGUAAUUAUAAGAACCAUAAGCUCACACAUAGCGGCGAGAAAGCGUACAAGUGCAACAUAUGCAAUAAAGCGUUUCAUCAAAUCUAUAAUCUAACAUUCCAUAUGCAUACGCACAAUGAUAAGAAACCGUUCUCCUGCAAGAUCUGUGGCAAAGGCUUUUGUAGAAACUUUGAUCUCAAGAAGCACAUGCGGAAACUGCAUGACACGAAUUCGCCAGUGCUUAGCGGAUUGGAUGCCUCGGGCCAGAGUCAUCAUAAUCAACAAUCGAGCUUUUCGUCAGUAUAUCACGGUCCGGAACAUUCUAUCGUCAGUCCAUUUAUACUUCCUCCACCUGGAUCCACCAGUUACCACUCUUUGAGUAAGAUGUUGUGA